AGUCAGUCAGUUUUAAAGAUCGCCAUUGUGAAAAAAUUUUGGAUGAAAAUCAAAAUCUUUAUAUUUUGAAUAAUAUAAUCAACAAGUUUAUAUAUUUAUCGUAUUUAAAUUUAUAUGAUUAUUUUUAAUAAAGUUUUUCAAAAUUAAUUUUGUAUAUUAGCAUUUUUUCUUGACUAUAUUAAUGUAGUAAUACAUAAUUACAAGAUAUCGUAUUAACUUAUAGGAAUAAUAUAGAAAAGUCAUUGUGCGACGUGUGGCUUUAUAUGUUGCGUCGCAAAAAAAUUAAGGAAAAAAACCUUAACUUAGUGAUUUUGUUAGUAUAAUUUUUACUUUUUCCAUUGGAGUAUUUAUCUUUAAUUAAGGUUAUUAUUUUUAGAUUAUAUAGGCAUUAUAAUUUUGUAGAAUUUAGACGAAAGGAGACCCAAAAUGGCAACAACACCACGAGGAGGUGGCGGAAUUGCUCAACGUCCGAAUGGUACAUCACAAAACAAAAUUUGUCAAUUUAAAUUGGUUUUAUUGGGUGAAUCGGCUGUUGGUAAAUCAUCAUUAGUUUUACGUUUUGUUAAGGGACAAUUUCAUGAAUAUCAAGAAAGUACGAUAGGUGCCGCAUUUUUGACUCAAACUGUUUGCAUAGACGAUACCGCUGUGAAAUUCGAAAUAUGGGACACAGCUGGGCAGGAAAGAUAUCAUAGUUUAGCUCCAAUGUAUUAUAGAGGGGCGCAGGCCGCCAUUGUUGUUUAUGAUAUACAAAAUCAGGAUAGUUUUUUGCGAGCUAAAACUUGGGUUAAAGAAUUACAACGACAAGCUUCUCCAAACAUUGUAAUAGCGUUAGCUGGUAAUAAAGCUGAUUUGUCAAACAGUCGAGUUGUUGAAUACGAAGAAGCUAAACAAUAUGCUGAAGAAAAUGGUUUGUUAUUCAUGGAAACUUCUGCAAAAACUGCUAUGAAUGUCAACGAUAUAUUUUUGGCAAUAGCUAAAAAACUACCUAAAAAUGAUGGUGCUGCUAAUCAAGGUAGUGGACGAGGUCAAAGGUUAGCUGAAAAUGAACAAAGUAGACAGACGAAUAAUUGUUGCAAGUGAUGUCCUUAUAUCGUCUUAGAUAAGAGAACUUCUGCACUAGACUUUAAGGAUGUUUUGUUUACUCUUAUUAAUAUGAUGAUAAAACUUAAAAAAAAAAAAUUAAAAAAUUAUAAAAUAUAAAACAAACUAUUGUAAUAUUAUAAUAUUAUAGUUUGAUGAACAGCAACUAUAGUAGAAAAACAUUAUUAUUGCUAAUUAUAUUUUGAUUUAUAGGCAUACGUUUACACACAUUUUUAUUGAUUAUUGAAAAAAAAAAAUAAAAAAAACUAUUAUUUUAUUGAAUAAAUCGUAAAUUUUUAUUUUUUAUUUAAAAUAUAUUUUUUUCUUUUUUUUGUUUUGGGCAAACAAAAAAAAAGUAUAUUAGGCAAAAAACAAACAUAAAAAUAAAUAAAUAAACUUAUUAAAAAAUAAUUAUUGUAUUUCGAUUUGAUACAUUCAAAAUAAACAGAUAAACAAACAAAAAAAAAACACAUCAGAAAAACCAUUUAAAAUAUUACAUAUAAGUAAAACAGAAACUAGUGGAUAAAAAAUGAUUGAAAGUAGAAUAAUAAAAUAUUCAAUAAAAAUCUAUGUAUGUAUACUUAACUGAAAUAAAUAUAAAUAAUAUAUAAUAUAAUAUACUUAUAAUAAUGCAAGUAAAUAAAAUUAAUUUAACUACAAAAGUACAU